AUGGCGAAGGCACAUCUCUUCUCAUCGAUAUUUGCAUUACUACUUUUUGGUGCAGCAUUGAAUGCUCAGAUCUCAAAAAAAGGUUCGUUCUCUUCUCGAGUCCGGUUUGUUAUAACUGAUGAUAAUAAUAAAAUGCAUUUGAUAAAUAAUCAUUGUACUACGAUCCGAAGGUUAACUGCACUAAAGCUGCUCGAAAAGCCGGCAAUAGUUGAAUUUGUAACACAAUGCGAAAAAGGGCCAAUAGAUCUAAUAUUUUUGGUGGACACCAAUACCCGAAGCAUCAUUGACUUCAACGAACAGCAAAACAGAAUUACUGAUACUAUCAGGUGGGCGCUAUGGUCACUGCUGCCUGAUUGUUCUUUGCGGAUGUACAAAGGUAUGAAAAAGCAUCAGGAUGCAUAA